UAAUACUUGUACGUGAGGACGUUGUGCUACACCGCCACACAAAGCCAGAAGUCAUUCAUAUUAAUCAGCGCUGCGCUUGUUCUCCACAAGACAAGCCUUCUUGCUUAUCAACCACAACAUCACACUUAUCAGCCACCAACAAAUCGAAUCUUUGACCCAACACAGAACUUAUUAAGCCAUGGCAUAUCAAAAUUCACCCUAUGGUGGAUAUGGAGGACCUGGGGGGUUUUCUUCAGGUAUGGCCCAGGCAGGUCUUCCGCCUGGUGCUGAUCCUCAGCUAUGGUCGUGGUUUUCUGCUGUCGAUACGGACCGAUCGGGCGCAAUCUCUGCUAUUGAGCUUGAGAGGGCGUUGAUCAAUGGAGAUUGGACUCCGUUUGAUUUGGAUACUGUGAAGCUCUUGAUGGGCAUGUUUGACGUCGAUCGGAGCGGAACGAUCGGGUUCAACGAAUUCUGUGGACUCUGGAAAUAUAUCAAGGACUGGCAGAACGUAUUCCGCUACUUCGACAGAGACCGCUCCGGCACCAUCGACCGCAAUGAGCUCCGAGACGCCCUCAGUCGAUUCGGGUACAAUCUCAGCCCGCCCCUGAUCAAGCUUAUCCAAGUCAAAUACGCUUCCAAUGUUGCUAGCAACUAUGGCCCCGCCCUUGGCAUCACGUUCGAUCGCUUCGUUCGCGCUUGUGUGGUUAUCAAGCAAUUGAGCGGGGCGUUCCAGAAUCUGGAUACUGAUAAUGACGGAUGGGUGCAGAUUAGUUAUGAUCAAUUUAUGCAGACUGUUCUGUCGUUGCCUUGAUGUGGUUUUGGUGAUGGAGUCAGGAGAGGAGGGAAAUGUGUACUUUUAUUUUGUCAGUAACAGCAACGUUAUGUAUGUGAGAUAUAUCUAUCUUCUUGUAGUGGGCACUGAAGUCGGCAAGCCGUCGAUAGUUGAGGCCCUCGGGCCGGCGAACACUGGACGCGUGUCAAUCACGUGGCAAGAUAUUUACCAUUACUAUUUCGAAACUUUAUGUUCUCUCGACGUUGUUCU